CUCCCGAGAGAAGCGAGGUCAACAGGGUACCAGUUCAAGCUGACUAUAAUAGUAAUCCAUUGGGCGUUGGCUCAGGCAUAUCAGUAUUGUCGAUCAGAACUUUGUUAAGAACAAAGAGAGCUGAUUGUUGAUGACAAAUCGGUAUACAGUUAUCAAUGACGACAUGAUCAGAUCGGAUCGAGUUGUCCACAUUUGAUCUACUGUCUAUAUUUUUUUCAUCAUGGAGAGCUCAGCAUUGGAGUUAAGGAUGAUCAUCACUGUUGUUUAAUACCCUAGAUUAGCGCCCGACUUGAUAUAAGGUAAUGGCGAGUUCUUAUGAAUCAACGUCAGAGACAACGAACGCAAACAGAGCGUGUCGAGUUGUGCUCGGUCCCUGUACGGAUGGUCUACGUGACAUAUUGCGUCACUACGUCCCACCACACACAUUCCAUCAUGUCAUUAAACAAAACAAGCUUAAUCUUCCUCGACUUAACAGAGAUCAGCGAGACCUCAUCUUACCACGAAAUGGACAUUAUACAGGAAACUAUGUCGAUAUGGAUAUUUCAUUACUGUAUAUCUUACUGAGGAAUAUAUCUAGCAUACCACUACACUCCAAUGGCUGGGGCAACGAUCCUGACCCCAGUGACAAGAGCGUCUCUGCCAACAUUGAAAGGAUUCGAUUGGUUCGGAAUCUUUGUGUUCACUCAUCUGAUCCAUCCAUGUCCAUCUCAGACUUUAAUUCCAUUUGGUCCACCAUUAGGUCUGCAAUGGUAGAUAUGGAUGUCUUCCUCAUGAAUGGAAACAAAUAUGAAAAAGAGGUGGAUUUCCUACAUAGCGAGUCGAUGGACCCUGAAAAUGACCUACAUUAUGAAGAAGAACUGAAGAAGCAGGUGGAGGAAGAUAAGACGACCAGGAAAAUGAUGGUCAGCCUUAAAAGAACUACUGCACAGUUGGUGGAUGUGGCUGAUGGGCCUCAGCGUUUUGUUUUGACGAUUCCGGGAGAAUGCUGGCAAUUCCAUAGGAUCUUCGUAAAAAAAAGUCUGAGAGAGAUUCAUUAUAUAUUGCAACUAGAUGCCUACCAGCUCAAACGUCAUAAGCAUAAGUUUGAGGAAACUGCGGAGGAAACAAAGAAGUUGAAUGGUAAAGUAGUGAAACUAACUGAGUCCCCCAUCCCACCAAAUGUGAGAGAGCAAUACGAUAUUGAGGUUCAGAGAUGGAGAGAGGAAGAUAAGCUUUACUAUGAAACCCACAACUUCCCGUCAGUGAUGCAGAAAGUGAGAAACCAACCAUACGUAGCAUUUGUCGGUGUACCUGGGUCCGGGAAGUCGGCCACAGCUCAUCACAUCGCCAUCAAGCUCCAGGAAGAAGGUUAUCAGGUUGUACCAAUUGAUGAAAUCAGAGAGCUAAAGCAAUACUGUGACACAAAGAAUCCGCAGGUUUUUGUUAUUGAUGAUGUGGUGGGUGUCUUUAGCCUCCAAAAAACUAAUUUAGAUGUGUUAACUAAUUAUGAAAAGAAAAUAACACAGCCUUGCAUGGAUAAGUCUCGAACUUUUAUGACAUGUAGAGAGGCUGUGUACAAUGAGACACUACCUUACAAAGUAUUCGUUACUAAAGAUGAGAAUGUGAUUAAGUUACACAGUUCUGACAAUGCAUUAGAUGACGAAGACAAAAAACAGAUUCUCAAGAAAUAUGGUUUAAAGGAAGAUCUAAUAUCGCUUGAAUUGCUGACAUCAACAUCUCACAUGUUUCCCCUUCUCUGUAAAUUAUUUUCAAAGGAAAUAAAAUUGAAAGCUCUUGGUCCAACGUUUUUCCUGAAUCCAGUCCAAUGUAUCAUUGAUGAACUUGAUGAUAUGCAGAGACAUAACAAACUGAAUUAUGCAACACUUAUUUUGUGUAUGCUAAAUGAAAAUAGCAUCUCUAAAGACAUUUUAAAAGAUAGAAAAAAUGAACAUUUCAUGAAUAUGAAAAGUGAUGUUUUGGAAGAUUGUGAAUUAGAAAACCAAACUGAUGCAUUCAAGUUUGUGAAAGCCUUGUCGGCAAUGGAGGGGACAUACACAAAACAGUGUGGUGCACAAUACACAUUUAUAUAUGACUCCAUGUUUGAAAUAUGUGCUUAUCAGUACGGCAAACAGUUUCCGGACAAAAUGUUAUUGCAUAUGAGUAGUAGUUAUAUUGCUAAUUAUGUCAAACCACAGAAAAGUGAACCAGAAAAAGGGAAGGAGAGCGAUGGUGAAAACGAUGAGAGAGAGGAAUCGUUUGAUCUGUGUAUAAGGUUAGAUGUGGACCAGUACCCACUGUUAGCAGAGAGGUUGUACAGAGACAUACAGAACAUGAAGCUGUAUGAUGUUUUCAGGAAUCAGGUUUUAAAACACCCUCAGGUGUGUCAGGCUUUUAUUUAUGUGUUAGAGACAAAGCCAUACACAGAAUUAAAAUCCUUAUUUCUGUCCAAUCUGGGAGAGAUCGAUAAGAUAGAGGAUACACGAGAGUGUGUGGAGAAUGAGAGCGAUGAGAGUAAGGCGAGCAGGAAGCUGAGUGAGCAUUGGAAACAGGCAGUGCUGUUGGAUCGGAGGAAGAAACGACAUAAGGGGGAACUAUUAUGGAAUGAAUACGCAUACAAUGUGAGAGUGAUCAGCUGGGUGAUUUACUAUGGACACUAUCAUAUAAUAGAGUACAUAGUUCAACAGACUGGACUACACAAUGAAAUAUGUGAAUUAUUUGAGAUAACAGGAAAUUCUCCACAUCAGUCUAAAUCUGGGAUAGAAACAUGUAUUAAACAGGAAAAUGAAAACAAUAGGUUAAAAGAAAAGUGUAGAUUACUUCUGUUGAGUUGUUAUCGUGGUGAUGUACAGUCAGUCAGACUUCUACUUCCUGUCUGUAAGAAAGCAAUCGAUGGGAUAGAUCACAUCAGUGAAGAAAGGGCCUGGCCUAUCGAUACACCUCUUAGUGCUGCAUGUGAGUUAGGACAUGUGAGUGUGGUGGAGGAGCUGGUGAAGGCGGUGGCUGAUGUCAAUCUAGAGUCUAGUUGGACUUGGGGGGUUACACCACUGAUAGCUGCAUGUGAAGGAGGACAUGUGAGUGUGGUGGAGAAGCUGGUGAAGGCGGGGGCUGAUGUCAAUAUACAGAAUAAGUGGGGGUUUACACCACUGAUAGUUGCAUGUGGCGAAGGACAUGUGAGUAUGGUGGAUAUGCUGGUGAAGGCGGGGGCUGAUCUAUAUAUAUAUGAUUUUGAUUGGAGCACACCACUGACAGCUGCAAGUGGAAGAGGGCAUGUGAGUGUGAUACAGAAGCUGGUGAAGGCAGGGGCUGAUGUUAAUCUACAGGUUGAUUACGGGGACAGACCACUGACAGCUGCAAGUAUGGCAGGACAUGUGAGUGUGAUACAGGAGCUGGUGAAGUUGGGGCUGAUGUCAAUCUACAGGAUAAUCCCGCGGAUACACCACUCACAGGUGCAAGUAAGGCAGGACAUGCGAGUGUGGUGGAGGAGCUGGUGAAGGCGGGGGCUGAUGUCAAUCU